AUGAUUCUAUGGAGCUUUAAUAAGAUUGGAAAGUUAAGAGACACUGUAUGGCUACUUUCGGUGUUUGAAAUGAAGAAGGAUUUGAUUCUUCAGGCUCGACUUCCUCUCUUAAUCAGGAUUUUGGUGAAGAUAACUCAGAGAACGACUCAGAUUAUGAACAUGGUGAAUCAGGUGAAGACAACAGACACGGCUAUGUUGUUGGUGUACACGUUCAGAAGACAGGACAUACAGGUUCCCAACUGCGAAACUGAAUCUCCUCUAAAGGUACAAAAUUUUGUUGCCAUUUCAGAUGAUUGCAUCAAAGUUUGCUGGUGUAGAUUGGUAUCUAAUUGCACCUCUAUAUCAGCAGAUGUGCUGAAUUGA